AAGAAAUAAUAUAGAUUAUUGAGAUGGAUAUGAGAUAAUCUCAUUUAAUUGAGUGAAUAGCAUUAUACAAUAGGACUUAACUUGGUACAAGCUAACUUAUUUUAAGAAAGUCAGCAUCAGGAGGAGUUAACUAGUAUUGCAACUUCCUCUUCCUUUUUGCACCCCACUCAAGUGGAAGGAACAACAGCACGUUAAGCACUUUUUCACAAUCAAGGCCAAUCCAUGCCUCCAAAGAGAAAAAGAGAUGGGGGAAUGGUUUCUCCAGCCCGGGGCAGAGGACAAAAAAAGUCUCGCCACAACACUAGGCAGCAAAAGCCUGGAACUAAAGAAGUGAGAGAUAACCAACCCCCCUUCCAGCACCAGGAAUCUUCAGAGAGCGUGCCAGGGAGUGAGGCUGCACCAGAUUUGGGGGAGUUUGUGCCUGCCAACUUUGGUAAUAUUGGUAACUCUGAUUUUUCUUUAGAUUUAAAUGUUGCUGACUUCACCCCUGUACCAGAACUUAGCUACUUUGAUAAUGUAGGUCAACACAUCCCUUUGAAACUGAAGCAAAAAAUUUGGGAUGGGCAAUUUGUUGAUUUAGGUUUGCUGUUAAAAUCAGCAAAAGAGAUUGACUAUAGUUUGGGGGGUCAAGGCGAAAUUAAAAUCAGGGAUGGAAAAUUCUGUGUUGUCAGGUCUAAUGAUAGUUCAUACCUGACAAUUGAUAAAUGGACUAAUGCCUUCAUGAUUUACAUGAGCGUUAUGUUGGAAAAAUACAGAGCUCGGGCCCAGGAGUUUUUAAAAUACAUGCGAGAUAUCAGAUUAGCUGCCACUAGAUCCCAAGGCUGGUACAAAUACGACGAGCAAUACCGUCUCCGCAAAGCUAGCAAUCCUGAAUCCUCCUGGGGCAUUAUCAGUCAGGAAUUUUGGCUACUAUAUGUGACCGGCCAGAGUUCAUUCCAUAGUCAAACUCAAUUCAGUAAUAAUAAGCAAUUUUCAAGUCAGAGCAGCACAUCUGCUGUUACCCAAUACUGCUAUCAUUUCAAUCAGGGUAAAAAGUGCAAUUUCUUCCCAAAAUGCAGGUUCAAGCAUAUCUGUAGGAGAUGCGGAGGAAAACAUCCAGCCAACAACUGUUCUUCCAACUCAGCUGUAUAAAUUGGGCAAGACCCCUAUAAGAUUAGACAGAGUCAUUUACUACUCAUAAAAUUAUUCAGAUAAUCAUUUUUUACGGGAGGGUUUUCAACAUGGCUUUAAACUACAAUAUUCUGGUCCUAGAUCACCCAGGUUUUCAAAAAAUCUAACAAGUUUAGGCAGACAAUAUUCAGUUGCAGAGGAAAAGAUUUGUAAAGAGGUUACAUUGGGGAGAGUGGCAGGCCCCUUUAUAGAACCACCUUUUCCAACUUUGCAAGUUUCUCCAUUAGGCCUUGUUCCCAAGAAAGAUGGCGACUACCGCCUUAUUCACCAUUUAUCAUAUCCAGAAAAUGCUUCAAUAAAUUAUUUUAUCGACCCAGAACAGAGUUCUGUAACCUAUUCAACUAUAGAUGAUGCUGCUGACAUUAUUGCCAAAUUAGGUAGGGGGGCUUAUCUUGCCAAGUCUGAUAUCAAAUCAGCCUUUAGGUUGCUACCAAUUAAUAGCACGGAUUUCGAUUUAUUAGGUUUUUGCUUUAACGAUGCCUUCUAUUAUGACAAGAUGCUUCCAUUUGGGUGCAAGAUAAGUUGUGCAAUCUGGGACAGAUUUGCAUGCUUUCUGCAUUGGUUGACACAGAAUCGUUCACAAAAUUCCUCUAUUCUGCAUUAUCUGGAUGACUUCUUUUUCUGCGGCAGAGAGCAUUCCAUAAGCAAAAAUACCUUGGACACCUUUCUUUCCCUGUGCAGUGAUCUGGGGGUCCCAAUUGCAAAUGACAAAACAGUAUAUCCAACCCAAGUUCUUACUUUCUUGGGCAUCGAAUUUGAUACGGUGCAAAUGAUCAUGAAAUUACCAUGGGAAAAAAUUCAUGAAAUUAAACACAAAAUUCUUGACAUUAUGACUUUUAGAAAGGUAACACUUCAGCAACUUCAGUCCAUAUUGGGGCUUUUGAAUUUUGCAUGUAGAGUCAUAGCUCCAGGUAGGGCUUUCUGUCGACGACUAACCGAUGCAACAAUCGGCCUUGGCAAACCACAUCACCAUACCCGGGUAACAUUAGAAAUGAAAGCUGACCUCCAAGUCUGGCUCACCUUCCUUCAAUCUUUUAAUGGUAUAUCAGUCAUUACAAAGAGCAUAUGGGUCAAUAACGACACUCUCGAACUUUACACUGACAGUGCAGGGGGAGACUCGGGGGGUUUUGGUAUAUUUUUUGCAGGCAAGUGGGCAUAUGCUCAGUGGCCCAGUACUUGGUUGGCACAAGGCCUAACCCGAGACAUGACCUUUUUAGAGCUCUUCCCAGUCCAAGUAGCUAUUGAAGUAUGGAAGCAUCAAUUUGCCAACUACAGAAUCUUGUUUUACAUUGACAAUAUGGCAGUGGUACAUGUUAUCAACAAAACAACAUCAAGGUCACCUAGGGUCAUGAAAAUUGUAAGAAAACUGGUUCUAACAUGUCUCAAGCAUAACAUCUUAAUUAAAGCAAGACACAUACCAUCUAAGCUAAAUUCUAUCGCGGAUUGUCUCUCUCAUUCACAGUGAGGCAAAUUCCGACGACUAGCACCAACAGCAGAUCCAUGGCCAGCACCACUUCCCAAGAACAUUUGGGAAAUUUAAAAAGUGAGGCAAACAGGCUUAUCCAGGGUUCCCUCUCAGUCAACACAUACAAAGCUUAUCAAGGGGCUUUUACCAGUUUCAAAAAAUUCUUGAGUAACUGUGGGAUUGCAAUGGUUUUUCCUAUUCCCAUUGACCACUUGCUUAAUUUUAUUGCUCAUUUGUCCAUUUCAGGUACAGCUUAUAGAACAGCUGCAUUAUACAUUAGUGCCCUAUCAUAUUUUCACAAAUUAAGAGGCAUACAGGAUAAUACUCAAUCAUUCAUCGUCAAAAAAGCCUUGCAGGGUCUGCACAAAAAGCGAGGUAACCCUGUAGAUCCACGAAUCCCAUUAACCAUAUCUAUUUUGCAACGUGUAGUAUCAGCAUUGCCAUCAGUCUGUAGAUCACCAUAUGAGGCAGCAUUAUUUUCCACAAUUUUUUCAAUUGCAUAUCACGGCUUGCUUAGGGUUAGUGAAGUCUUGUCUAUCCAUAGGGCACACA